AUGUCACCACCAUUCCUUACCCUGGACCCCCGGACAUCUCCUCUCCACCUUUCACCGCAUCUCUCUCCAGAGUCCCCAAACAACAGCGACAGCGACUACACAGACAGCGUCUCUCCAUUGACGCCCUCCCCGGUCGGCCAGAACCAGCCAUACCGCAUCUCCGGCUUCACCGCCUUCAACUUCAAUCUCAGCCCGGUCUCACCCGCAGAGGGUGCCGGAGCGCACCCUGCAGACGCCUCAACAGCUAGCCUAGUGCCUCCAAUCCCACCGCGUGCGUCGCCGCCACCACCGAUAGUAAUACCCCAACAGGCCGCACCGGCAAUUGUGCAGUCCAACGCACUCCCGGGAGGCGUGCACAGAGAGGCACACACAGAUAUUGUAGCAAACGAGCCCGCACCACCGCCAUAUGAGCGCUACAACCGCCGCUCCAUGCCCAUUGGCGGCGUCCGCGCGAGCAGGGCUAGUAUCGCCGCCCACCAGCUCCCGACGGACCUCUCUAUCCCUGCGGCCGCCCACGCCCGCGGACAGCACCCGCAGCGAUUCGUCUCGAAUGCUAAUGUUCCAAGACGCUUCAGCGGGCAGAGACAGGUAUACCCACUGGCCCUCAGCGGGGAUCUUGCCCGCAGCCAGAGCCAGCGGAAGGCGUCGUGGAGGAUAUUUGGUGCUGAGGAGUCUCUUGAUGGAGGUGAGAAGAGACGAAAAAUUUCAAAAAACACCAAAUGGAUCAUUGCCAUAAUCGGUGCGACGGUCCUGAUCUCGAUAAUCGUUCUCGGCGUUCUCUUUGGAACAAUGAAGAACUCAAAUUCUGCCAAGGCGGCAGAUUCGUCGGUCCCGUCGUUCGAUGUAGCGGGCUUCCCCGUGUUGCCUACGGGCGUGGUUGUGAUAUCACCGCAGGGCCCGGCGGAGACGCCGUCAACGACGUGUGUGCAGCCAAAGACACUGUGGAGUUGUGCGCUCCCUACCGACUCAAAGUUCCCGAGUAACAGCUCGGGGCUGCCAGAGUUCAUCUUCACGAUUGCGCUGAAAAACGGCACAAACAGCAAGACGGGCAUCUGGACGCCUGUUCCAGCCCUCGUGCCAAACGACACUGACUAUGCCGCAGUGGCCGGGGAGGAUGGCAUCGUGGCUGAUAACAAGAUCGGGGAGCUAACACAGUUCUACCUGUCCAUGCAGACGGAUGAGAGCAAGCCCAUCACCAUUGCCUCAACCUCAGUAUCAACAUCAUCCUCUUCUGAAGAUUCCUCAGAAAACGAGAAGCGCCAGGCGCCCAGCUCAGCAACAGCUCAGAUGCUCCCGACCAUCCUCCGCAACCAGCAGCUCCGCCUCUUUGACCGCGGGCUCGAGACCGAGCACUACGGCUUCUUUGUCCACUACAAGAAGACCAUCAACGUCCUCGCCGCAACAACCGCGGAGGUCACGGAUUUUACUAAGGCCUCCGACGACCCGAGCGGCGUCAGCGCGGGGAUCAGCGGCGCGAAGCAGGUCACGUGGGAGAACACGAGGUUGAGGGUCGUCAUCUGGACGAAGCAGAGGACGAGCGGGUACAAGGAUCUGAUUGGGGAGCAGGGACAGAGGUACCCGAGCACGCCGAGGAGCACGGAUACGUUUUUCCCGUAUGCGGUGAGCGUGUUUGAGGAUAGGGCGGGCGAGAAGGGGCCGGUCUAUUGGAUGCAGGAGGGGAACCUGGUGAAGAAUACUGUCCAGGAGGAGGAGACGGAUCCGAGGGGGUGCUUCUGUGAGUGGAGGAAUUGGAGGGAUGGGAACUGA